AUGCAAACAGAAGCCUUUGAACUGCGCGAGUAUCAGCAAAUCUCGGUGGACCAAGCUAUCAGGGAGAAUUUGAUUGUGAACUUGCCGACCGGCAAGGGUAAGACUUUGAUCGCUGUUAAGGUGAUCGAUCAUUUCUUGCGCACAAAGAAGCAUGUGGUCUUCGUAGUGCCGACAAAGGCGCUAGUCGAGCAACAGGCCAAGUACUGCGAAAGUCACUGCGAAUGUAAGCCUCAGGUGGAUAAGCUGAGUGGCAUGGAAAUGGAUCAAUGGGACGAGAUUAAAUGGGAGCAAUGCCUCAAAAAGCACCAGGUGCUUGUUGGAACGGCCGAAAUUUUUCGGCGGGCCCUGGACAAAGGCUACUUGAAAGCUGCCUCUCUCUCCUUGGUGGUCUUUGAUGAAUGCCACAAUGCCACGGGCAAGAGUCCCAUGGCCAGAAUCAUGCUUGACUUCAUGCACAGGCUGCCUCACGCGGAGCGCCCGCGCAUUCUGGGGCUCACAGCCAGCUACCACUUUGGUGCGGCCAAGAACAUGUCGGAUUUCAAGAAGGGCAGGCUGAACCUCGAACGACUGCUGCUUGCGUCCAUGUUCAGCCCCCAGGUCGAAGACUCUGGGAAACACUGGAGUCCGGUGAUGUGGACGCCCUCGGAUUUCGCGAAAGACUUUAAGAAGGCCGUGCUUCCAACGCUUUUGCACGCCGCAGAGACCUUGGGGGACGCUGCGGAGGUCAAGGACUUCCAAAAGCUUUGCAAUCGCAUGCAUCACGUCUUCGAGCAGCUGGGGCGAGAGGGACUGAUGGAUUACCUGCAGAAGUGCGUGCUUUCGGAGUUGGAGAGACAGUGGCAAGAAUUGGUACAGCUGCAAGACGUGCCUGCUGAGAGCCGCCAAUGUGCCCAGAGCCUGUUGGAGAAGCUCCCGCAGGUGAGGCAGAUUCUGGAGCAACUCGAGCCUUGGCUCAAGGACUUGGUGAAAGCUGCACCUGUUGCAUCGCCCAAGCUGGUUGCCUUGCACGACUUGCUGCAGAAGGAGCCCUUGAAGACUGGCAAAGGCAUCAUCUUCGUGGAGCAGGUGGCGGUGACGGUGCCUCUGGCCCUCAACCUGACGCGGCACGUGCAGCGCGCGGUGGAGGGGAUCUACGGCGGCAUGACGAAGAAGGACCAGGAGGGCAUCGUGCAGCGCCUGCGCAGCGGGCGCACAGAGAUCCUGGUGUCCACGGCGGCGUUGGAGGAGGGUAUCGACGUGUGCGACUGCAACUGGAUCGUGCGCUACGACAAGUUCGGCACCUGCAAGAGCCACAUCCAGGGCAGCGGUCGGGCAAGGGCCGCAGCCGCAGGGAGAGGCGGUUCUGCGCACAUCUACUACUUUGAGAAUGACCCUGAGGAAGAGGCCAGCAAGGCCCGGAGGAUGGAGGAGGUGGCAAGAGACCAGAGCCUGGCCCUGUCGGAGGAGCAGCGCAAGAAGCUGGAGAUGAAGCCCAAAGAUGCAGUGGGAGGGGUGUAUCCCUACCAGAAGGGGCAAGAGAUCAACUUUUUCAACUGCCAGCAAAUCGUGUCUGAGUGGUGCCAGAAGGUUCUGGGCACGCGCUACAAUGCAGAAAGCUUGUAUCAAAGGCAGGUGGAUGGGGCAAGCCCAGCGCCAGUUUCUCGCGUUCCAACGCCUGAUGGAUUGAAGGAGUUCUUUGCCGGAGUGAUUGCCAAGGAGCAGCUGGCGGGAGUGUCUGCGCUGGAUCGCGCGAAACGGCGGGCCCUGUUCGUGGUAGCUUGGUACUUGCGAGAGAAAGGUUUGGUGGACGAGCGCAACAACGCCGAGACCGUUCAAUUGGAAUUGGCCAAGUCGGCUUGUCAGCCGACAGGGCAACCCCCGGCCAAAAAGCUGCGAAUCCAGGGCAACUUUGGUCGAGAUGGUCCUGAAAUUAAGGGUGGCAACUACAAGGGUGCCUUGAUGGAGCUUUUGAUGAGAUUGCACCCACAUGAGCCAAUUCAGACUCUCUGGGAGUUUAGAUCUACUAUGGAGGAUGACGGGUGGAGGGUCACCUUGACUCUUGUACGCGAAGAUCGCAUCUUUCAAAGCGACCCUGAAGCCACGAAGAAGGCUGCUGAGCAUGCCGUUGCCAAGAGAGCACUGGCAGAGUUGCAAAUGCAAAACGCGCCCGUCAGAAAUUUGCCGAUUCGCCUUUUCUUCUCGGAGCCGCGCAUUUUGUUGGUUUCAGGCCCGGGACAAUUCACGCCGGGCGCAAGCGUGGAGGCUGCAAGAAGGGUUAGCAAAAGCACACCAUCUCUGGCAUGGCUAUGA